AUGGUCAGCAGCAGCAGCAGCAGCUGGUCGCGCCGGCGGACUCCGAUUUUACAGAAGUUAAAGGUCGAGUGGCGGUACACGGCAAUUUUUAGCAAGACUGCAAAACGCCAUUCGCUUAUCCUGACCGUACGACGAGUGUCAUGAACCCUAUAACUAAUCCCGACGUGGAGAAAUUCGGUUCGAACGACGCCGCAUCAGUCGCCGAGGCCCGCGACGGCCACAGAGAGCCGGAGCAGCCCGUCGGAGUGGGUCUGCGUUCGCAGGCUCAGACGGACGGAAGCGGCGCACUAGUGGGCGACGCGUUCGCCAUUUGCCAAGCCCUGGGCCUCUCCAGAAGCGAGCUCGUCAGCAUGUCGGUGCGUCAGCUGAACGUGCGCGUACGCACAGCCAAUCUCGGCGUCCACCAGACCCGCGCCGUCAAGCACCUACGGCGCAUGCUCAAGAACCGGGGCUACGCGGCGAUCUGCAGCUACGCUAAAUCUUAAAAAAGAAAGAAUAAUUAAAUUAUGGGGUUUUACGUGCCAAAACCACGAUCUGAUUAUGAGGCACGCCGUAGUGAGGGACUCGGGAAAUUGUGGACAACCUGGGGGUUCUUUAACGUGCACCUAAAUAUAAGUACA